GGGAAUUGAAGGGGGGGAAGGGGAUCUUUCUUUUUCUUUGUUUGUUUGGCAUUUGGUUUUUGCUUUUGCUUUGCUUUCUUGGGAUCACUUUCCUUGGUAUAAUCAUAGUGAGAAAGACGAAUAAUGGAAACUGGAACCCAGACCCAAAGAUCAUCAGGAAGAGGGGAGGAUUAUGAAGUUCAAGUGUCGUUCCACCUCUCAAAUGAUCCACACCACAUCCACGAAAUGGGAUUUGUGCAGUUGGAAGAGCACAGCCAGGUUUUGAGCUUCUUGGCACCCAACAACAACAACAACGCCACCAAUAUGCCACCUCCUCCCUUUACUACUACUUCUCCCCAUUCCAACAUCCUCCCUCGACCACCUUCUUGGACUAAUCACCAGCUGCCUGGAACACUGGAUCCCAAGCCCGGUAAUGACGAAAACUGCACGGCUACUGCUACUGAUGCCACCAAUUCAUGGUGGAGAAACACAAACGCGGAUAAGAGUAAGGUGAAGGUAAGGAGAAAGCUGAGAGAACCACGUUUCUGUUUUCAGACCAGAAGCGAUGUUGAUGUGCUGGACGAUGGCUAUAAAUGGAGAAAAUAUGGCCAAAAAGUUGUCAAGAACAGCCUUCAUCCUAGGUACUACCCAUCCUUACCUCCUUCUCCGAUCCUCCUACCCUUGUUUUUCUUCUUUCUUUUAAUACAUAUUAUCGCAUCCCUCUCUCGCAUCCCAUGCACCACUACUGCCACCCAAACCCUUAUGUUCUUUGCUAAUAUAACAUCCACCAUUCACUUUCCAUUCUUUUCAAUUAUAUGAUCACUACCCUAACUUUGAAUUUAAUUUAUCUACACAACUUAGCUUCUUCAUGAUCGCAUAUUAAUUUCAUGCAUCAUCGAGUCUCCUUGCUAUUUUAAUUUUGAGAUGAAAUUAAUUUUUUUAAAUCUAGAUUCACGAGUGUAGAAUAGAACAGAUUAAAGUUGUUUGACGUGUUGGGAGAGAUUGAUUAGUUAUGACGCAAAUUAAGGCAUACGGAUUAUUGUCAUAAGUUGCAUUGCAUUGUAUGUGUAUAUAUAUAUGUAUAGCAUGUAUGUAUUAUCAUGAGUUGUUAAUGAUGCGCGAUAGAGAGAGGUUAAUGACAAAAGCACGAAUGGAAUGAUAAAACAAUUGAUUAGUUAGUAUAGAAAAUAGAUAUAAUAUAUACAUAUACAUGUAUGUAGAGAGAGAGGAUAAAAUAAUUAGGAGAAAGAGAAGUGAAGAGGGGGGUUUUGGGGGUUUGGGUAGUUCACAGUUCAGUUUCAGUAGUAGGCAGAUUGGGAAUGAUUAUGUUAUAUUCUCUUCGCCAGUGCCAUCAUUAUUGAUUUGGGGAUUUUGGUUAUAGGUGGCCGCCCCCCCAAGGCCAAGGCCAAGGCCACGGGCCAGAGAACAACUACCAGUCAUCCACACACACACAUAUAUAUACCUAUAUUCUUCUAUUUCUAAUUUUGACUACUUUUUCUUUACUCUCUGCACAACACAACAACAUAUCCAUUCAUUUCAUUUUGGUUUCUUUGGUGAAUUAAUAUGCAAUGGUAGGAUGAGAACAAAUAAUUAUAGUCAAGGGUUAAAUGAUGAUGGCGAUUAAUAAUUUGCAGAAGCUACUAUCGUUGCACGCAUAGCAACUGCCGAGUGAAGAAGAGGGUAGAGCGACUGUCGGAGGAUUGCCGGAUGGUGAUAACCACUUACGAAGGUAGACACAACCACUCUCCUUGCGAUGACUCCAAUUCUUCGGAGCACGAACCCUUUACAUCAUUCUGACUUCCGGCUCAUUAAUUCCCGGCCAACCCCCAAUAACUUUUUUUUUUUUUUUUUUUUAAAUUUAUAUAUAUAUUUUUUUCUUUUUACAUCCCUGCCUUCCUAAUUUCAUUUCCCCCUUUUCUUUCUUUCCCUUUUCUUUGCAGCUUGUAUAAUUAUUAUUAUUAUUAUUAUUAUUAUUAUUAUUAUUAUUUCUUUCACUUUCUAAGCAAAA